AUGAAAGGAGGAAGGAAAAAUUUGAAAAGAGCAUCAGAGGAAAAACAUGUAACUCUCGGAGAUGGGCAAUGCAUCAUGCAAGUCGUGUCUCUUCGAGGAUCCAAUCUUAUUGAGGUUAUGGAUGCUAGCGGUGAGAAAUCACUAGCUCUAUUUCCCGCUAAAUUUCAGAAAAGCAUGUGGAUUAAACGAGGAAACUUUGUUGUAGUUGAUGAGAGCGGAAAGAAAGAGGCUCUUGAAUCAGGAAGCAAGGUUGGUUGUAUUGUGUCUCAAGUUCUUUUCUAUGAUCAACUCCGUGCAUUAAAGAAAUCUGCAGAAUGGCCUGAGAUUUUUAAAGAUGAUCUUAAUGAAAGAGUCGCCACCCGACAAGAGAAUGAGACAGACACGAGCGAUGAUGAUGGGUUGCCUCCAUUGGAAGCCAAUACAAACAGGGUGAGACCUUCUGAACCAGAAGAUGAAGAAUCUGAUUCAGAUAAUGAUGAUCAUUUUAUUGGCUCUCAUAGUUCAACCAAAACUCUGUAA